AUGUUAAAAACAGCAAAAUUAUAUAACAUGAGCUUCGCACCGGUAAAAUUAUCACAACCACUCAAAAAACAACUCCCAGCAUGGCUGCAUCUUGGUGCACCGCCAAAAACAUACAAAAAACUGAGAGACUCAUGCAUGCAACACAACCACGGAAUAAGAUCAGUAAAGGACCUCAUGAAACUAAACGGUAGACCGCUUAACAAAAAACAUCACCAAGCAAAAGGUAACUGUACCUGCACCCUAUGCAUAGAUGAUCAAUUAGCAGGGUGCAAAAACCCACAAAAAUGCAUGCUAGCAGCGUCAUCAAUACUAACAAAACUCACCCCAAUAUUCAGCCCUCUCAACACCCCGCCAAGUGACGACCUCACACUAACACACCACCGACGAGAAAAAAACUCAAGGGCCCUGACCCAACGCAGAGGAGAUAUAAUAUUCGACCCAUCAGUCACCGAAAAAACGGACCUAGCAGAAUGUUUUAGGAUCUUUAGCGACAGCAACAAAACCCAACAAAUACCAGCUCACCACCUUCAAAGACCGAGACAAGGGAGGGGCAUACAGACACCACCAACUGAAAUAUACACAGACGGCUCCUGCAUCAAUAACAGAAAAGAAAACGCAAGAUGUGGAAGUGGAAUAUGGAUCGGAGAGAACCACCCAAAUAACAAAUCCGUAAGAAUCUCUGGGAAAACGCAAUCUAACCAAGCAGGAGAAAUAGCGGCCAUCCUAAUAGGACUACAGGACAUCAACCCACUAACCCCAGUAACAAUCAUAACCGACUCACAAUAUGCAAUAGAAGGCCUGACAUGCCACCUUAAAGAAUGGGAAGACCGAGGCUGGAUAAACGUAAAAAAUAGCGAAAUCUUCAAAGCCACUGCAUACCACCUGAGAAAAAGAUCAGCAACGACGACCUUCAGAUGGAUAAAAGGACAUAACAGCAUGAAAGGAAAUGAAGAAGCAGAUAAACUCACUGGAUAAGGAGCCAGGAAAGAUACACUCAACCAACUAGACACAUCAAUCCCACCAAACUUCGACCUUAAAGGCACGAAACUAACCAAGUUAACACAAGCAUCCGCA